AUGGACUCGGACAGCAGUGGCGCCGAGAGCAGCAGCAGCUCCGACACGCUCCUCGUGAAGAAGCAGCGGCUUCAGCAAGGGGGGUCCCUCGUCAAGAAGGUGCUUACCAUGUCUACCUCAGUCUCGCUGGACGCCUGCGAGGCCUGCGAGUCGGCGAUUCGAGGCGACCAAUCGUCCGUUGCCUGCGCCGGCCCGUGCUGCCGCAAGUUCCACAGCGACUGCCUGCCCAGCGACGCGAGCGUAAGCAGACCCUGGACGUGCGUCGACUGUCGGUCUCACAGCCACCGAUGCUUUGCGUGCCAGCCCUUACUGGGCCCUGCGCCCAUGAAACUGGUGCCUGCCACGGACACGACGCCCGUCGCCUGCCGCGCCGCGGGCUGCGGCAAGUUCUACCACAUCACAUGCGUCAAGAAGCUCUCGCUUACACGUGUGCUGGACGACAAUGGGUUCAUCUGCCCGCUGCACACGUGCGCCAAGUGCGAAGGCAGCCACGCCGCGUCCACGCAUGCGAUCCAGUGCAUGCGCUGCCCCAAGGCGUACCACACCUCGUGCGUGCCCUCGACAGGCGUGCAGCGACUGCAUGGCACGGCCCGCGUCGUCUGCGUAACGCAUCUCAAAGCGACGACGAUAAGCGACGAGCCGCGCCGUCCUCGCAUGUCGAUCUCGUCUGUCGACUCGGCCAACGACGGCGUCUCGGACGCGAGCGAAGCCGAGUGGCCCAAGUCCCGCGAUGACAAGAAGGCCAAGAAGACCGACAAGAAGAAGAAGAAGAAGAAGAAGCUCAAGAAAGAAAAGAAGCGCGCGCGGUCGAGCGACGAAGCCGACGUGCCGCCGCCGCCAAGUGCCCAGCCGCCGCCACCGCCGCCGCCGACCGAGGUUCCGACCAAAGCGCCAGCCAAAGUCCAGCUCAACAUUACGAUCCCCGAGACGCCACUGCUGCUGUCGACCGAGGACAACAGCGUCGGUCCAAAGGAGACUGUGACGGGCCGUGACAAGUCGAGAAAGAAGAAGAAGAAGCGACCGAGUAGCACCCGCCAGAGUGCGCUUGACGAGUCGAUCGACGAGAUGGACGAGCCGGAAGAGGCCAAGUGGGUCCAGUGCGACUCGUGCCGCAAGUGGCGUACGGUGCCGCAGCACCUCGACUUGGACGCGAUGCCCGAAAAAUGGUACUGCAAGAUGAACCACUGGGCCAAAGCCUAUGCAUCGUGCGACGUCCCGGAAGAGGUCAUUGAGCCCAAGAAGAAGAAGCAAAAGCUCGACCAUGUGGCGACACUGCCGGUCGCGACGAGCAUGGCCAUGCCCAUGGUGGACAAGGACAAGAAACCAUCCAAGAAGGAGCAGCGCGCGUCGAGUAGUCAAGCCACAAGCAUGAGCAGUAGUGCGGCGACAGCGUCGUCGGUCGUACCGAGCAGUGCCAAGGCGCAAACCAAGGACGUCAAGUGGGUUCAGUGCGACAACGUCAACUGCGGCAAGUGGCGCGUCGUGGCCCAAGCCAUCGACGAAGCGUCGUUACCAAGCAAAUGGUUUUGCCACCUCAAUACGUGGGCCCCCGACCUUGCGAACUGCCACGCUGAGAACCCUCCCGAAGUCGACUCGGUGCUGAUGAACAAGAAGGCGCCUAAGCCCAAGCGCUCGACCAAAGAGUCGGCGCGGAGCCCUCGCAGCACAAUUGUCCUUGCCACGGAAUUGGUGGAAGCGGCGCUACCGACGGAGGAGGCGCCGGCCGCAGCCGCCCCACCGCCCGCCCCCGUCGCUAUCGCCUCGACCAAGACAAGCAUCAGCGAGAAGAAGCAAAAGGUCAAGAAAGCCGUGCUCGAGUGGGCGCAAUGUGAAAAGUGCAACAAGUGGCGCAAACUGCCGCACCACGUCAAAUCGUCAACGCUGCCCGACAAGUGGUAUUGCUCGAUGAACCACUGGAACAUUGCACUUGCGAGCUGCAGCGUGCCCGAAGAAGCCGACAACGACCCGUUCAUGGACCACGUUGUGGACCCGCGCCAAGGCUGGUACGGCGCAGUCAGUGGUCGCACCAAGCGCGGCAAGCUCAGCUACCGCGAACUCCUCUACGGCGGCAACGGCCAUUUGCGAAAAACGUACACGGAAGAGUCGUCGACGCUCUCGUUUGAAUACGAAGGCAAGACCUUCUACCGCGACGACCAGUACCGCAAGAGCUCCAUGUACCAGCCGCGCGAGCCGCCCGAGUUUCCAUCCGACGCCAAGCUGGCCGUGGUCUCGCCGCCCGCGCCCGCGCUCACAUUUGACGAGAUGGCAACGUGUCAGCAAGAAAUCUUCCGCGUUCUCCACGACGUUCACGCGUCCUACUCGACCCUCGACAUUGUGCUCGCGCUCAACAGCGACGGCGCGGCCACCAUAUACUCGUACCCGCUGGUGCAGAGCUGCCUCCAGACCAUGCUCACCUCUGGUGUCAUUGAGAGUGCGACCGAAGACGCGAUUGUCAAGGUGACGAUGCCGCUGCAGAUCAGCACGUAUGCGCGUGCGUACUAUGUCACUGGCGAAAACAACCACGACGUGCGCAGCUGGGACGAGCGGAGGCCGCACGCGCACGUCAAGUACCGUCGCAAACUCGUGUCGCGGCCACCGCUCAAGCUCGCCAAGCCGUGGAAACAGCAGGGGUUUACGGGCUUUCCCACCCCAUCGAGUUAG